AGCACUAACAGGCAACGCCGGCCGCCAUCUUAGUUCGACAUUGUUGAUUUCAAUACCAAAUCAAAUGUGUUUCAAUUUCAACUUAUUUAAGUGAUUUAUUAUGAGGACUUAAGUUUUUUUUUAUUUAAUAGCGCUAUUACGUAAAAUGGAGGAGGAAUACAUAGACACUCAGGACUCAGCCGUAAAUGAAGUGGUAAAUCGUAGUAAUGAAGUGAGUGAACAUUUGGUGGACAGUACGAAGGAAUUCGGUGAUGUAGUGGGCUACGACGAAGGUUACGACGAUGAGGACGGCGGGAACAGCUUCCGAGGAGGCCGGGGGCGCGGGAACUUCAGAAGCAGAGGCCGCGGCCCGCCUCCUGGUUGGAUGAAUGGGCCUCCUAUGAGGUUCAGGGGUCGAGGCUACGGUCCUGGAGGUCCACCGAUGCGAGGUCGAGGUUUCUUCCGCGGACGAGGGGGCCCACGAGGCUUUGGGCCGAACAACGGACCUAACUUUGACAAUAACUGGGGUCCUAUGGGGCCACCUCCGCCUGGGAUGAUGGGUGGGCCGCCGCCUGGCAUGAUGGGAGGGCCCCCGCCGUUUGGGCCCCCUCCUGGCAUGAUGCCGCCGGGUGGACCGAUGGGCCCGCCUCCUAAUAUGAUGGGACAGCCUCCGCCGUUUGGUGGCCCCCCUGGUAUGCCGCCACCGAAUAUGCCAGCACCCGAACUCUGGGUGGAGACAAAAUCAGAGGAAGGCAAGCCGUAUUACUACCACUCGAGGACCCGGGAGACCACGUGGACGCGGCCUCAGGAGGGACCUACAUGCAAGGUCAUCUCGCAGUCCGAUAUGGAAGCUAUGAUCGCUUCAGGCGGCCCAAUGGCCAUGUCGGGGCCCCAAAACGUGGGCAUGUCGGGGCCCAUGGGCGGGCCGAUGUCGGGCCCCAUGGGCAUGCUGGGUAACGGCGUGAUGAACAACGUGAUGCCGCCCGGGGUGCACUCGGCGCCGCCCACGGGGAACGUCCCGCCUUUUAUGACCCAGCCGCCGCCCUGGGUUAAGGAUGGAGCUGCCAAAGACAAGGAAGAGGGUAGUCCCACAGAGAAUGACGAGAUGCCUCCCGGAGAGACUGCACCUAUUGCACAAACAGCCAACGGGCCAGCCCCGGGCGCCGCCCCCGGCUCGUUCGGGUACUACGGCGGCGGCUGGCCCGCGUGGGGCAGCUGGCCGCCGCCCCUCGUGCCGCCCGGCAUACAGGCUGACUCUGCCGCCAGUCAGGCGAACUCUGGCGCCCGGCCGACCAGCCCGUCGUCCGAGCCGACCGUCAUCUCCGACUCGCCCACUCCUACGCCGAAGAAGGAAGAACUUGUGAUAACCCCGGAGCUGGUGGCGGCAGCAGCGGAGUGGACGACGCACCGGGCGCCGGACGGACGCCCAUACUACUACCACGCCGCCAAGCAGGAGAGCGUCUGGGAGAAGCCCAAGCCCAUGAAGGAGCUGGAAGAAUUACGAGCCAAAAUCGCUAUUGAGAAAGGCGAACCUGUUGAGAAGAAAAAUGACAAAAAAACUAUGGAAAUUGACGAUAGCAAGAUUGAAGUAAUAGACGUAGAAGCCCACGCGGAAGCCGCGGCGGCCGCCGAGGCCGAGCGAGCCGCGCAGGCCGAGCGGGCCGCGCAGGCCGAGAGAGAGAGAACCCGCUCCGACUCCGACAAGGAGAAGGAGAAAGACAAGGACAAGGACAAGGACAAGGCCAAGCAGGACAGGAGCCGACCUAUCUCUAGCACGCCGAUAUUGGGGACGCCUUGGUGCGUAGUAUGGACGGGCGACGGUUCGGUGUUCUUCUACAACUCGGCGGCACAUUCCUCCGUGUGGGAGCGUCCCGCCAUCCUCAUGGGCCGCGCAGACGUCGACAAGGCUGUCAGCCAACCGCCCGCCGCUUUGUUGGAACUGCAGCGCAAGGACGCGGCGGGCGCGGGCGCCGGCACGAAGGCAGCCAACGGCGAGCUCAAGCGCGCUGCCGAUUCCAGCACCGAUGACGCCGUCGAUCCCGCCAAGAAGCCUAAGGUUGAAGAAGAGAAGAAGCCAGCCCCGUCAUCGCUGUCAGGCGGCGGCACGAUCCUGGUGGGCGCGGCGGCGGCCGUGGAGGCCGAGGUGCGCGCCGCCCGCGAGCGCGGCGCGCUGCCCCACCCGCAGCGCCUCGCCGCCUUCCUGCACAUGCUGCAGGAGAAGGACGUGUCCGCCUUCUCCACCUGGGAGAAGGAGCUGCACAAGAUCGUCUUCGACCCGCGCUACCUCAUGCUCAACUCCAAGGAGAGGCGACAGGUAUUCGACCAAUACGUUCGCGAGCGUGCUGAGGAAGAGCGUAAGGAGAAGAAGAACCGACUCGCGCAGAAGAAGGUUGCCUUCCGAGCGCUCAUGGAUGACGCCAAGCUGCACUCCAAGUCAUCAUUCAACGAGUUCACUUCGAAACACGGUCGCGACGAGCGUUACAAAGGUAUAGACAAGGCACGCGACAGAGAGACGUACUUCAACGAAUACCUCGCCGAGCUGCGCAAGAGAGAGAAGGAAGAGAAAGAGAAAGCCAGAGAACAGGUGAAAACUGACUUCAUAGCGCUGCUUAAAGAGAAGGGAGUGGACAGACACGCGCGAUGGGUGGACGCCAAGAAGAAGAUAGACGCCGACCCCAGGUAUAAGGCCGUGGAGAGCAGCACCAUGAGAGAAGACUACUUUAAGGAGUACUGUAAGCUGGUGAAAGAAGAACGGAAGAAGGAGAAAGAUGGGAAGGAGAAGAAGCGAGAACGCAGCAGCGGCAAGAAGGAGAAGAGAGAGAAGGAACGCGACAAGGAGAAGGAGAAAGAGAAAGACAACAAGAAGGACAAGAAGAAAGAGAAGGGAGACAAACAGGGAGACACGGAGGAGGAGAGGAAACAGCCCACCCCCCCUCCGGACCAGUGGGCCGAGAUCCUCGGCAUCCCUGGCGAGGACGACGCCAAGAAACCCACCAAGACCACACGCAGGUCACAGCAGGAACAGGACAAACCAUCCAAAGCGGAGAAAACCAAAUCCACUUCCGAAGAAGACCAGCCUUCUCCAAAACAAUUGCGCUCCUCAAAGAAAGAAGUAGCGCAGACACCCGAGAAAGUAGAGAAGUCCCCGAUAAAACCGCCCCCCAAGAAGCGGAAACCGGAGGAGUUCCAAUCACCGGAGACGGAAACGCCGGCCGUGCCUAAAAAAGUGGAGAAGAAGAAGCAAGAUAAGGCUGACAAGACGGAGAAGCGUAAGCGAAAGAAGUCUGAGAAAGAAUAGUGUUUGAUGUACGUUUUCUUCGGGCGAAGAUCAUCGCGCAAUUAGUGCGCUGUUUUUGGUUCUUGCUCCCAUGAAGUGUGGGUAGUUUGAAUGUUUUAAGGUUUUUGCCUUUUUUGGUUUUUUAACUGGUUGCCUGGUUGUCCGUUGUGGUUGUUUGGUUGUACCAGAAAGGUCUAGUAAAUAAAUAGUAAGCCAAUUUUGUGACUAACUUAUGAAAUAGGGAUGACAGCGCUUUAAGUUAAUAUGAAAAUUGACUUGCUAAUAUUGACCUUGACAAACUAUUCGAAACAAUAAAAAUAAUUAUUAUAAUUAAAAUAAUCAUUUUAAAAAUAAAUAAUAUGAAUAUCAGUCAUUAGGAAGCUGACAGGUGGAUUUGAGAAAACUCUGACACUAGGGCUUGUUAGGUAAAUUGAUGCUGCAGCUUACUCGAUAAGAAGAGAAAUAGUUAAAUGUCAUACACCAGAUUAUGGCUUUUGGCCAAUGGCGUUCAAGUGUAAAAAAAAAAAAAAACAUAUUUUUCAGCACCCCAAUCCACCCAGUCAGACGACUGGAUUUACAAAACUAGCGUCCAAGAUUUCAACCUGGUGACCUUCAUUUUGAUCUGGCACCCGUUAAUUUGACGUUGGCAUACACGUACAUAUAUAUCCCUACUAAUAUUAUAAAUGCGAAAGAAACUCUGUCUGUCUGUCUGUUACGCUUUCACGUCUAAACCACUGAACUGAUUUUAAUAAAAUUUGGUACAGAGAUAGAGUUGACCUUGAGAAAGAACAUUUGGAUAGUUUUUAUGCCGGACCUUUGAAGAAUUCUCUUGAAAACGCGAUAUAACCGAACUCUACACGGGCGAAGACGCGGGCGGAUGCUAGUUUCACAUAAGUCCCACGAAUUUCAAAUCUGGUUCUUAAGCUUCAAAUGCAACGGACAGCCGGCAUUUUUGUAUUAUUUCGAGCAGACUGCCCACACGUCAACAAUAGACUCUUUCAGUGAAAAACAAUAGUUCAUAGUUUUGUGUGUUUUUGUAACUGUGUCGCGGGAUUACUGGCUUUUUAUUCACACAUGAUACUUAUGCCUUUAUAUUGUCCCACUGCUGGAUACAGGCCUCUCUUCUCAUACAGAGAAGGAAUGAGAUUUAAUCACCAAGUAUAGAUUUUCAGAGUAACAAAAUUUCGCUAUUGUAAACAUAUCCAGCCAAGGUGUGAAAUUACCAAAGAAAAGAAAUAGACAAAGUUAUUUUUACGAUUUGGAGAAAAGUGGUCUUUCGUUCUUCUCUAUAUAAAUGUUAAAUAGUUGAUAUCAAUUUCAAAGCGAAAACUAAACUGUAUUGACAAAACAUAUUAUUUUAUAAUCUUGACAUCUAUGAUGAGACAUAAAAUCCUGUUUGUUUGAAAGCCUGUCAUUCCACCACACGUUUGUCAUGUUUUAAAACAUUUUGGACAUUGUAAAUAUUGAAAAAAAGUGUACAUUUUAAACUUAAGUUUAAGGUUAGAUUUUUAUGUGAAACUUAGGUAUUAUCUUACUUAAUGACCGGUGAUUCGGAUCGCAUUUAGGCUCAGAAUCUUCUAAAGCGGAGAGGUUUUUAAACAACCAAUAUAAUUCGUUAUUAUUAUAGUAUUCGCUCACUCAAUAGUAGCACGUUACUGUCGGUGGUGCUUGUGAUCUCUCUCCGGUGGUGUCGGCUUGUCGUCGCAUCGCGCUAUGAGAGUGAAGGAGUACUGAGUGCACCGCAGUACAAGCUAAUGUGCCUGCACUGUAAUAUGUCCUGCACAGCUGAUCUCCUUAUAUGAGAACAGCCGCCGUAGCCGAUCGAUUAUCGACUAAGUGGACAUUCUAUUGGUUGUUUAAAAACUUCGCUCGGCUUUGGUGUAAUCUAGGCCUUAGCAUACGUGCGAUUUAAAUCACCCUGUAUACAGUACAAUAGUCGAUAUGAAGCUAUGUGACACAAUUGUUUGUCGAUUCUGAUUUUAAUCGAUAUGAAUAGAAAAUAAUAAUAAAUUUAGCAGUUACUGUAUGGUCAAUAACAAAUAUGAAAGAUAUCGGAGAUGACAUAAGGCAGGUAGGUCAGGCGCCUUCUUGUAGCUCAAGCAACGUACGGUAGCCGGGAUCACUUACUACAACUAACGAGGCGUUCGGGUUCCUUGUCUAAUCAAAACCAAUCUGUCAAAGAUUGGUCUGAUUUUAUUUAAUUGACGAGCUCUACAGUAGAAGUGUAAGGGAUGAUUAAUUCAGUAAAUAUUAAUAAACAUAAAUAAAUGUUUUUCUGUCUGUUAUUGAGCAUACGGUGUUGCCACACGGAUUGUGAUUACAAAGCCAUGCGAGUAUGCUGCAUGUUGCCAUAUGAAAAAAACAUUUCUACUGCACUGGAUUUCACGGUCAAAAUAAUUGCAAUCCUUUGACGAGUUUCUACAAAUAUAUGAAGAACUAGUCAUAUUAAGACAUUUAAAAAAUAUUAUUUCACACAAUAACUUCUGGGUAACUGAUAGUUUAGUUCAGAAUGUCAGACGAUUGUAGUUAUUUUGAACGUCAGACUAUAAUGAUGAAUAUGACGGUUAGAUACAGUUAAGAGUUGAACCCAGUUUUAAGACAGAGUGACGGUUAAAAGUACCCUCUAGGUAAUUAAACGAAUAGCGUUGUGAAUUAAUUAGAUAGAUAAUUACUAUCUAGAAUUGGUGAAACAGGUUCAUGAACCCCUGGGUUCAUAGCUACGAACCCUUGGGUGCAUGUUAUUAACCCUGCGUUUGUUUGCAAAGGACGCAUAUUAUUGCAGAUUAUGAUAAAUUUUGACAGCAAUUUGGUUUCCGAUACAAAAAUAUAUUUACAAUGACAAUAAUAUAUUGUUGUAAUAUGAAUUAAAUAUUUUCAAUGUAUCGGAAUAUCGCUACAGUCGUAUCAACGAUGAAUAUUGUACAUAUUUUAUGAUAUAAUUUAAGUUAUUUAAUAUUUCUCGUGGUACGUUGUCACUUUAAGUGCCAAGUCCCAAUGUAUUACGUACAGAAUUUUAAGCGCUAUACACACUGAAGGCGAUAAAUUUAUCGUCUCAUAAAGUUUGGGAUACACAGUAUUUUAUAAUAUAGUUGUUCGUAGUUGAAGUUCGAUUCCUGAGUCAGGACAGUUUUAAUGUGUACAUUAAUGUCGUAUUUUCAAUGUUUAAAUAAUAAAUGUUACAAAUUUUCAUUUCAGUGUGUACAGCGCAUAAAAAAAAUUAAAUAAAUACAAGUUUUAAGCCACAAAUAUGUUUAUAGAAAUAAGAUCCCCAUUAAAGUCCCAAUAAAAAUGCUCCGUAUACGAAUUUGGUGGAUAUUCAAAAGAUGAACCCUAGUGAACCCGUUGAACCCUCGUGAACCCUUGAACCCUGUUGUAUUAAUAGAUAUUACGGUUAUACAAUUCUAUGUUAGAUUAUGCCAUUGCCAAGGCUUGGCACCUAUUGACGGUAUGGAAUCGGUAUUUUUACUUAAUAUGAGUAUAUAAAUUAGUUGUUAAAUAAAUCCUUUAUCAUAUUUAUUUGGUAAAUCUAUAGUUAUCGUUUUGAUAGUUUUUUUUCAUUGGUCAAACGUCAUAGUUCGCAUUUCCGUAGAAAUAAAGUGUUUUGAAAAUUAAUGUUUUGGAUAUUGACUAGCUUGUAACUACCGUUAUGAUGACCAAUAGCAACAGAAUUUAAACUUUAUUUCCAUACAAAUAAGUUUCAUUUUUUUCGUUGUCUCAUAAAAUUAUACCGUGCCGUCAAUAGUUGUCAGGUUCAUAAUUAUGCGAGUUAAAAGUCCACUUGUUUAAAUAAAUAGUAGGAAAUCUAUGUUCGAAAACGGUUAAAAUAUUCGUGUAUUUGAAUUCAAUAUAAAACAGUUUAUUCAUUAAAUAGAAAUUUGACAUUAAAUGUUAGGUGUCUACAAUUUAAUAUGAAUAUUACAGAUUUUUUUGUCGCUUCAGUUUUAACAUAACGUAUAAAGAAAUACAAUUGUAAAAGAGGUAUUGGGUUGCCCGGGUAACUGGGUUGAGGAGGUCAGAUAAGCAGUCGCUCCUUGUGGCACACUGGUACUCAGCUGCAUACGGUUAGACUGGAAGCCGACCCCAACAUAGUUGGGAGAAGGCUCGGAAGACGAUGAAUGAACCAAUCCUUACUAAUAUUAUAAAUGCGAAAGUUACUCUGUAUGUCUGUUUGUCUUGAGCCUGAAAAAGGACAGAUACUACUUUUUAAACGGGUGCGGGAUGACUUCCCCCGGGACGCGGGUGAAACUGCGUGGAACAGCUAGUGGUAAAUAAAAUAGUAUUAUGUUAUGGUUGGUGCCUCUUUCUACUGUCUUUGUUGGUGAAAUUGUUGAAUCUAUGCCAAUAUAAUAAAGCUGAAGAAUUUGUUUUCUUUCAACGCUCUUUUAUUGGGAACUUCUGGACUGAUUUAGAAAAAUAUCUGUGUUAUUGCUUGUUUGUUAUCUGAGUGCGUGGAGUACAUAUCUCACAGGACACGGGUGAAACCGUUGGCGGAAGCUAGUUUUGUUUUGCGAAUGAUAUCGCAGGGAACAAACGAGCAUUUUGAGGAUGUUAAGGCUACUUUUUAUCCUUAAAUCCGUAACUUCUAUCUAUAGGACACGGUGAAAAGCUAGGUAAUACUGAAGUAAUUUUUCCAAUAAGUUCCGUAGUUUCUAAGAUUAGCGCGUUCAAGCGAACAAAGUUCAGUCAUAAUAUCAGUAUAGAAAUACCUCUUUAAAUUGUCUAUUUCUUAUCGAGUGAGCUGCAGGUUUAAUCACCUAACAAACCCUAGUGUCGGAGUUUUCUCUAAUCUCAUCAUUUUCCGAGCCUUUUCCCAACUAUGUUAGGGUCGGCUUCCAGUCUAACCGGAUGUAGCUGAGUACCAGUGUGUCACAAGGAGCAACUGCUUAUCUGAUCUUCUCAAUCCAGUUACCCGGGCAACCCAAUAGACUGGUGUCAGACUUACUGACUUCUGACUACCCGUAACGACUGCCAAGGAUGUUCAAUGACUGCCGGGACAUACAGUUUAACGUGCCAUCCGAAACACAGUCAUUGGUGUCCAAGAUAUACUUAGAAAGUACAUACAAACUUGGAAAAGUUGCAUUGAUACUUGCCUGACCUGGAAUGGAACCCACACACUCAUACUAGCUCAUCCUACAUUUACACGUUGUGUUAAAACUUAAGCGAUAUAUUAGAUUUUUAAUAGAAGUUCGUGUUCCUUUCACAUUCACUGUAGGUACUUAUAAAAAUGUAAUCUAUGAAGUCCUAUACUAGCCCUCUCCUGAACAGUAUUUGUCAAAUAUUUUCAUAUAUGUUAGAUUUCUAAAACUUAUCCGUUGGUUUGAGAUUAGAUAUUGAUAUAGAAAUACAGAUUGUAGAGAAGCGCAGAUAGUUUGAUUGAAAAAUACUAAAGGGUUUGUCAGGAAAUAACUAUAUGUUUUUACAAAAUAAAAAACUCAAGGUGAAGUUAGAAACAAAAUUAUAAUUUUGAAAUCAUGAUUUUUUUUUUAUAUUUGCGGAAAAUAAUGUUAGGUUAUUCAAUGAUAGACGUUUUGGAAAAACACAGUUUGGUUCACAGUUUUUUUAUUAGGAUAUAAUUGACUAGGUCUCAAAAGUAUGAAAUUCGCCUCCCAUUCGGUAACUCAAACUAUCAUAUCAUACUAUUUUCAAUAAGUCUAAUUCAUGUAAACUGGACCUCAUUGCAGACACAGAUUAAUUUAUUUCAAAAAAAUAUUUCACUUUCAUCAAUUCAUUCUAGUGCCGAUUUUUCAAUUGCCAGGUAACUUAUAUUUGGCGAAUAUGAAUCAAAAUCAAAAGUCAUUUAUUCAAAUUAGGCUGCAAAACAGCACUUUUCGAACGUCAGAAAUUUACAAAAGACAGCCCCCAAAACGCCCGCCCUUCACCACUUCCUAUGUGUUAUUGCUGGGAAGAAGAAGUGGUAUGUUGACAUAUUGACAGCUUGUGUAUAGAAAAUUAUGUUAAACCGCUAUAUUUAUUCCUGAACUAAAAGUUAAGUGAUGAUUGAAAAUAUGUUCUUAAUAAAAAUAAAUAAAAUAGUUUUUCUAUUAUUAUUAUUAGACAGUUCACUUAAAAUUCAAGAUGCAAAACUUACAUGCGGUCUACGUGAAUUAGACUUAAUACUCAAAAUUAUUCAAUUUCAAACCUUCAGCAGUUGGUAAAGAGAGCAUUUUUCUAUAAUAAGUACAUUUUGUACCGUCACUAGUUUAUAUUAUGUAAUCUGUACAAAGGUUUUAUAUACUAAUUAUGAUUGAAAAUGUUUAGAUUUUAUUAUUGUGAAUAAAUUCAUGAUUGUGUA